AGGAGGCGGCGGUUGCGGUGGCGGCGCCGCCGGCUCCCGCCGCCCCCUUCACCCCCGGCCCCGCGUCCCCAUGGCCGGGCAGGAGUGGGACUGGUUCCAGCGCGAGGAGCUCAUCGGGCACAUCAGCGACAUCCGAGUGCAGAACCUCCAAGUGGAACGGGAAAAUGUACAGAAGAGGACCUUUACCAGAUGGAUAAACCUGCAUUUGGGAAAGUGCAAGCCUCCUUUGAAAGUGAAAGACUUGUUUAUUGAUAUACAAGAUGGAAAAAUCUUGAUGGCGCUCCUGGAAGUCCUGUCAGGACAAAAGUUGAUGCACGAAUACAAAUCUUCAACCCAUCGCAUUUUUCGUUUGAACAACAUAGCCAAAGCACUUAAGUUCUUGGAGGACAGUAAUGUAAAGCUUGUUAGCAUCGAUGCAGCAGAAAUAGCAGAUGGAAAUUCCUCUCUGGUUCUUGGACUAAUAUGGAAUAUAAUCUUGUUUUUUCAGAUUAAGGAGCUGACAGGCAACCUCAACAGGAACUCCUCCUCCUCCAGCCUGUCCUCUGGGCCCAGUGGUCCAGAGUCAGACACAUCCCCCAGCACUCCCAGCGUGGAGAGAAACAUGUCUAUUACAGUGAAGGAUCAGCGGAAAGCCAUCAGGGCCCUUCUAAUCUGGGUUCAGAGGAAAACCAGAAAGUACGGUGUUGCAGUUCAGGACUUUACCAGCAGUUGGAGGAGUGGCCUUGCUUUCUUAGCCAUCAUAAAAGCCAUAGACUGCACUUUGGUGGACAUGAAGCAAGCACUGGAGAAAUCAGCACGAGAAAACCUGGAGGAUGCUUUCAGCAUAGCACAGAAUAAGCUGGGUGUUCCUCGGCUCCUCGAACCAGAAGAUAUCAUGGUGGAAUCACCUGAUGAGCAGUCAAUCGUCACAUAUGUGGCACAAUUUCUGGAGCACUUCCCGGAGCUGGAAGGGGAAGACUUUACAGAUCCUGACAAGGAGCUUCCAAUUGAGUCCACAUACGUCCACAUCAAAGACACACCGUCAGAAAAGGAAGGCAAAAUCUUGAUUUUAACUGGAAGUGAAGAAAACAUGUAUACUGUUAAUCAUGAGAGGAGUCAUCCUGCUCCUCCAAAGGUCCAUAUUCAUGACAUCCCUGAGAGAAUCCCCUCAGAAACCACUGCUGAAAAUUGUAAUGGGAAAUUGAGUCAAGUGUUAGGUGAUUCACAGGAAACACCUGAAGAAGAGCCUCAGAGGCCUACCUCACUGAAAAUCACAGGAUCUGUCAGUUUUGAAUCCAGUUCCUCUUGGGAGGUUCUAAGUGAUAAAUUCGUGUCAGGUGAAGGGGGCAUCUCUGAUGACCAACUGAAACAGAACAAUGACGUUUCUCCAACUGUUCUGACAGAUCAGAAAAAUUCUGUCGACUCUUUUGAAGAAUACUCUGAAGAAUUAACUAAAGAAACCCCCACUGAAUAUGACAACGAAACUAAGAGCCUUUCAGCCAAUACUUCUUCUUUGAGUCCAUUAUCCUGGACUUCAGGUAUACUUACAGAUGAUUCUAUUAAUAAAGUAGAAGAGAGCAAACCCCAGUCUUCAAUUCUUUUACCAGAAGAUACCUCAAAACAAGAAGAUACGCAUAAGUAUGUUCUUCAUCUCCUAAAUGAGGAAAUACAGAAACAUCCAGAAGAUGAACAUACAAAGGAAUCACCUGCCUUCGAGACAACAGAAACAAGCCCUUGUUCACUGAAUAGUUCUAAUCUCGAAAGCCAAGAACUGUCUACACAGCAUGAAACAUCUGACGACUCUCUCUCAGAUGUGCCUAAAACUCCAGAUGACCUGGACAGUUGUGAUGAAGUUGAGCCUUCAGCUGAAGCGUUACCCAGUUCUUCCAAAGUAUCUGUAAUACCCCAUGAUCUCUUUUACUACCCACAUUAUAAUGUCCCUAUAUCAGCAGUUCUGAACGCUUACCUGGAGCCGUGUAUCGAAGGUUAUGACACUGGAAGUGGCAAAGCUUCUUCUGAAACAGUAAAGGAUGUUUUACACGACAAGAGCUUACCAGAACAGAACUACAAGGAAGAUGCUCCAGAGCCAGACUUAGAGAAUAAGCCAAGCGCCCCUCCAUCAGAAACAGAUACUGAGAACAGCGAGGAGGAAACUGAAAAUAUUAACAGCCACAUGAAUUCUUCUGAUGAAAAAGAAGUGCCAUUACUAUUAGAAGAGUUAGAAAUUGAAGAAGAUGGCAAUGAGGCCACCAACGAUCAAGAUUCCACUAUUCCACAAAACCUUGAGGCCAUAGUAGAACCUCUAGAGGAUUUAUCAAUAGCCAUAAAGACACCAGAAGAAAGUAGUAAUAGGGAAGAGGAAGGGGAAAAUGUGAUCAAAGAAGAUUUGCAGAUCUCAGAAGUCGACACUACUACUCUAUCGCAAGAUAAUCUGCAAGAAAUUGCUGAAUGUCAGGAAUUUACCAGAACCGGUGACAAUGAUGCCAACGUUUAUCUCCGAAAAAGGUCUCCUAAUGCUUCUGAGGAGGAAACUUAUGGUGUAAACCAGCAGAUGACAGAUAUGGGGGAAAGUACAUUAAUCAUCAGGAAGAAAAAGGACUCAGAAGCAAGUGAAGCUCCACCACCAACUCAUGAGAUGACAAUUUUUGAACAGCCAGAGCUAUUUUACUUCAUCAUUUUCUUCUGGGUGCUGAUCUACUGCCUUUUACUCCUUCCACAGCUUCUUAGUAACAAAGUUUGAUUUGUGUGAGGUGUGGAAAAAUAAAGGAUGGUGGCUGGAUUGCUUUGUGUAUCUGCAUAUGAAUAUGUUCCUUCAGGUGAAGCACAAACAGAAAUCCAGGACCUGGUAUUUGCAUUUAUUAUCAGGUUGUCCUCAAUUCCUCUACUGUUGUGCUAUGACAGUGUCAAAGCACGUUUUAUAUUAUGAUAAUUGUGUAAAUAUAUAUAAAAAUGACCUGAUUUAGUAGACGCAAUUUUGUACAUUUGUGCCUUGCUUUAUAAGAUGCUAAAUAAAACCAGAUAAUUAUCAGUAGAAAUAUGAACAAUUCAGAGCUCUAGUCUUCAAAAAUUAUUCUUCUGGCUUCAUUUUCUUAUGUAGGGCCUGAUAGCUGUGGAAGAGGGGUGGUGUUGACUUGCCUCUGGAUCUGGCCACCUGCAAAGGCAAGGCUAGAAUUGCUUCUUCAUGUUUUCCAUGGAAUGAUAUGAAAGAAUUGGAGGCAGAGCAGAGCUACAGGUGGUAAAACACCCAUCAGGAAUUACAGUUCCAGUAGCAAAACCAGUGGAGCAGCAAAAUCAGGUUGAGGGUUUAUUGGGGUAGAAGAGUUUGAUUUUCUUAGGAUUUAAAUUCGCUUUUGUCCUGCACCUUUUGUUAUGUUUGAUUUGAAGGAAUAGUUUGGGUGUGGAGAAGUGUGAAGCACAUACACGCUCACUGCUUCACAGGAGUGGUCAUAUGGGAAAUCCUAGCCCAGAAACUAAAGUUUUUUUAAAAGUACCUCAGUGCUUCUGAGUCUGCUUCUGCUUCAUUUUCCCUACUGCUUUUACUUACCAGAUCAUGUGAAAAUGUCUCUUUUUUGAAGAUACAAAAAAUAAUAGGUCACCUAAUUUGCUGAGGCUACUGUUAAGGCACAAGUGUAUGGUAAAAGGAUUAGAAAUAGCCUUUAAGUGUCCAAAUCAAUAGAAAAAGAAAUUACACAUGUAAAACUAAAUACAGAGAAAUGCUGACAGCCAGCAUUGAUUUUCUAGUGCAACUAAAGAGACUCACGUGGCUUUUCCAUAGGCACAGUUGAGCCACUUCUGCCUCAUGUAAUUUUUGUCCACAUCAGUGAUCACUUUAGGAUAUUUGAUUUAGGAUUUUUGCCAGACAAGGUGUAACUCAUGCUUUGGAGGACAAAAGAGAAGUCUUCUAAUUCAAUUUAUUAGCUGUAACUUUUCUCUGUGUGACUUUUAGUGAAGUCACUACUUUUCAUUGACACAUUUUUAGUUCCAUAGUAUGCUUUAUGAGACUACAUCAUGCUUCCACCUGGAAAUUCAGAAGGUUGGCUUCAAACUGCUUCAUAGCAUGAGGAGUUUCAUCAUUUUAGACUGAGUGAAAAAUCACAUGGCUAUAAGUUUUAUGUACUUUGUUGUAGCGUAAGGUGUAGCCCUACCCUGGCUAAGUUUUCAGAUGAACUAAUAGUACAUGGGAUCAGGGCACAUCAGAAUAUAUACUAAUUUAUUUGCAGGUAUUUAAAACAUGUUUGUAGUAAUGUUAUCUUCUAAGGUAAUCCUAACCAUCCAUCACACUUCAUUCUUCUUCAUAAGCUUUUUGUUCCCCUGGGAUUUCUUUCUUCUGAGCUGCAGUUAGAAUCCAACAGCAAUAUGGCUCAACAGGAGAUCUUAAACAUUGAAAAUAAAAAUCUAAACAUUUCAAGAGAAAGCUGAAGUCUUUCCAAAAGAAAACCUUUACUUUUGAAGAUGCUUUCUGGAAGUAGGCUAAAACAGAAUUUUGAAGGAUUAGUGGUUUUCCCUCUGAAAGAAUAAAACUUAAUACAAGAAACAUGAUAUCUUUACCCUUAAAACCAGGGAAUACUAGGUUGGGAUACAGCAUCUAUUUAAUUGCAGUAAGUAGCAGUGUACACUAGUUUGGAGUGAAAGUGUUGACAGCUCUUCAUUAUGUUCCACUCUUCAAAGGCUCCUUUGGUUUAUGACAACCUUUUCUGAUUCCUUCUGUCUUUACUCUCUGAUCCUUCCAUAUUUACUGAUUUUCAGCAGAGGUUAUCUGGAGUUGGAUUAGAGUCUCUUCAUAGAACUUUAUAGCUAUCAAAGUUCAAUCAAGUCAAGUAUGCUCCCUUCUGUCUUCUCUCCUUCCUUCUAAGAAUAUUAAUCAGAAUGAGGAGCUCUUUGGAUGUCUUAUCCAUCCAUGAAGAAUGGAAAGGUGGGAAUGCACUGAUGCUGGCCAUUUCAUUACACAGUAUUUUCAUCCAAGAGGGAAAAAACUCAAGGUUUUCUUUGUUACCUCCCACUGAUGAACAGUGACUGAAACAUUGAAACGAGCAGUUUAAAUGUUAAACAGCAUCCAGCAGUUGUCUUGGUCAUCUCACCCAGUGUUUAAGCCCAUACACACUAUUCAUCCUAUCCCAUUGAGAGACAGAGAUUGCUUCCUCCAUCCAAAACAGAUGAAAAAGAAAUACUAAAUUAGUCCAUGAUGCUUGGUGUUAUGUUGCUUUCCAUUUUGGUUGUAGGUUUGCUAUAACAGAGGUAGUGUACCUUACCCAGCCAUUCCUUUAGUGAGAAGAUCAAAGGUGAAGAGUUAAGAGUGAUGAUACUGGUAUUGUCAACUGUGCAUUUAAAAAAAAGUCUGAACUCUUCAGGAGUUUUGCCUUUACCUGGACCUGCAAAGAGUGACAUCUGCAUAAGGAGCAGUUUCCCCCCACUUAAAUUGACUUGUGAGCCUGCACCUCUUCUUCCACAGUCCAAGAUCCAAUCCCUCAAUGCAAAUGCCCUGUUCUGAAAACAUUGCUUGUUGUUGGGCUUUGUGGCCUAUUCCGAGCUAUCAUCUAAAAGCCUGAUUGUGAAACAUUCCCUGUGGCAAAGCCUAUUUUAACUUGCUGCCUAGAGGACUGGCUUGAGGCAGUGGGAGGUUAAAGGCUGAUGGGCAGUCUGUUGUCUACCCAUUUUCCAGUAGAUAUGUCCACUGUCCGAAUAAGGAAGUUUUUCCUGAAUUUUUGACUGGGUUUUUGAAAAACGCCAACCUUGAACUGACUACAUUUGGUAUUUUGAUUUAGCAGCAGAAUUCAGAUGCACAAGGGUACUGAUCUGUUAAGACUGUUUGUAAAACCCACUGGUUUUGAGCAAAUGUGGGUAGCAGAUUAUUGUGAAGUGUAAGUGUCAGGAAGUGUUUGAGGAUCACUGGAUAAAGGAUGUUUGGUGUUCACAGAAGCACCAUUAAAGGCCAGCUAUAAAAGGAUGGCUCAAUGUCAUUGUAGUCCUGUAACUUAACUGCAAAGUGUUUCAUUGUGAUUUUAUAGAAAGUGCAAGGAAAGAUACACUAUUAAAGACAGAACCCCACAAAACAUUUAUGGGGCUGAUGACUUAGAGCUGGGGAAAUGAGUUAAACAGUCACAUAAACUACAAACUGACACGGAUAUAGCCUUUGCCAAAUUGUAGGAAAUUUUCAGUACAAAUGUAGGGGAAGCACAGAUUACAGUAAAAAAUGACAAUCAGUUUUCAAUGCCAUGAAUAUUUUUGAGGGAUUGAGCUCUAAAAUGUAUUUUUAUUGAGUUUCUAGAUUGUAAUGAAUGUGUCUACAGAAUUUUAUGCAGAGCUUGAGAGUUCAGCUGUUUGAAAAUGAUUUUUUUUUAUAUAGCAGUGAUUAUUUUAUCUAUAUAUUUAAUAGAACUGUAAAACCAUUUUAAGAGUACCUGUAAAAUUCUGUGUAUGUGAUACAAUUAUUUAUUAAUUAUGACUCAUGAGCAUUAAGCUAUGCAUUGGUUGUGUCAUCCAUUUGAAAACUGGAAACUGCAAGCAGGCGAAGAGUUUUUAAUGAACAGCAGACUUGAAAAGCAGGGGAAAUGAUUGAAUACAAUUGUGUGAUUCUUAAAGCUGCAUAGCAAUAUGUCAUUUUGUAAUGUUAAACUUUCAGCUACAGUUGCAAAAUAUACUGAGUGAUUAAGCUACUUUCUUCCAUUAAAACUUCCGGAAGCUGAAA